UAGCGCUUACAGACUGAUCCAUGUUACAAUAAGAUCAAGAAAACCAGGUGCACACCUUUGGACCAAUCCUAAAGGCACACAUAUUACCUCGCCCACCUCCUGGCAAACGGAAUACGAGACGUUUUCUGACCUCUUCAGACAGACAACCAAUAAACGCGAAAGAAGCCGUUUUCCAGUUUUCCCUUUAGGAUUCGUCUAGUCGAAAUGGAGAAAAUUACCCGUUUUUUCGUUUUUGUUUUUUCCGUCUAAAGUUGAAAAACGAAUUAUACUCACGUACACGGACCAAAGUCCCAGGUCUGAGUGAUUUCAGCACAGCUAAGUGUUAACUGAGCACACGGUCUUGGAAAUGGAUUUCAUAAUUCGCGCUGCCACGCCGGGUGACUGCAAAGAUAUAUCGCGGAUGAUCAUGGAAUUGGCGGUUUAUGAGAAUAUGCCCGACCAGGUGAAGAUUUCACAUGAAGUGCUAGAACAAGAUGGGUUUAGCAAAAAUCCUUUCUUUCAAUGCCUUGUUGCGGAGGUGCCAGAACAGUACAGAAGGACAGAGGGAUAUACAGUGGUUGGCUAUGCCCUGUUCUUCUACACCUACAGCACAUGGAAAGGCCGUUCUGUGUACAUGGAGGAUCUCUAUGUCAUGCCGGAGUUCAGAGGGAAGGGUGUUGGCACGGCGUUAAUGAGUAAGGUUGCUCAGGUGGGUAAGGAGCAGCGGUGUGUGCGUCUGCAGUUCUCCGUGCUUAACUGGAACACUCCAUCUCUGGACUUUUACAAAGCCAAGGGUGCCCAGGACCUGACAGACAGUGAGGGCUGGCAUGUACUGCGAUUCGACGGGGAGGCGCUGGACAAACUAGCGCAAGAGGCACCCAAAAAUUAAUGUAUGUACCAAAACGAGGACAAGUGGGGCCCCAAAUUAAGUGAAAUAAAUAUCCCAAAGUGUAUUUUUGGACUUUUUCCCUUUGACUUGUUAAAAUAAAUGACAGAGGAGCAUCUGAUGGGGAAUGCA